AUGGGAAAGCUUCCAACCGAAGAGGACAUCGCCUGGAUGGUGGCGCAUAUCAACGACUCGACGGUUCCCGACAUCGUUGUUUGCUGCAUCAUCUGCAGUCUCGCCUCUGUCGUGAUCCUGGCUCUACGCAUCUGGGCGAGAUCUCAAGCCGGACUCAAGCCCAUUUUCAGUGACUGGCUGAUCGUUGGUUCGGUGCUCAAUAUUUGCAAUCCGAUUCUAUACGGCGUUUCCAGCGUCCUUGUCAAAUGGAGCAUCCUCGCAUUAUACCUUGCAAUCUUUCCCCAAAGAAAGUUCCACUACUGGGUUCAUUUCGUGAGCACCGUCAACUUGCUAAAUGGACUCGCCAUAGUUCUCGUGAGCUGCCUGCAAUGCCGUCCCCUAGAGGCCUUAUGGAAUGCAUCAGUGGUGGGCACUUGCAUCAACUUCAGUUAUUUCAGCAUCUUUAACAGUGUCUUCAACUUUUUAUUGGACGUGGUCAUCCUUCUGACCCCCCUACCGCUCGUCAAACAACUCAACUCGUCGACACGAAAGAAGAUCUUACUGUCUAUCAACUUUGCUUUAGGCGGAAGUGCUUGCAUCAUCGCAGCUAUCCGCGUUCCUUACGCAAGACGAGUGGGAGGCACGGUGAACCCAAGCUGGGACAUGAUACCGGGAGGACUACUCUGCGUUGUCGAAGUUGCCGUUGCCCUCUUGACAGCCUCUCUACCUAUAUACCGUCCACUGUUGAGAUUCUUAGGCAUCACCAUUACAUCGAAUUCCGCAUCCAACUACAAACGAGGUAAUUUACGCAGUUCGAAUAACUUCUUGGGUAGCCAAGUGAGCACACACAUCACAAGUGGCAGAGACAUGUCGUCUCAGCAAGCAGGUAUCAGUAUCACAGACGAUAUAACGUUGACGACACAUACAUAUGUAGGAGGAGAGUGGGUUCGUGUGGCAGACGAAGAUGAUGAUGCUGCUGGUUUGGUUGUGCCAAAUGGAUCAGCGCCGUACGCACGAACCGUCAGCAGCACAAUGAGUGAUAAGCUUUAUUGA